AGUCGUUAACGAAAGCUCGACGCGUAUGGACGCAACCUCGAGUGCAGUGCUUCAGUAUUUUCGUAGUGUUAUUCCGAACCCUAAGUUUUUAAAGUGUCCAUGUUAAGUGACUUGAAACUGUUGAAAACUAUCUCUGUGAUUUUUUUUAUCGGUGGAUUGGAGUGCGUGAAAUUGUACUCAUUCCCUGGUAUCUGAAACUAAUGGAUCCCAAUAAAAGGAUUUGAGUCUCACAGUGCAAAAUGGCAAACGCCGCCAUUGCGUUUUGGCGCCAAAUGCCAAUCGCUGUCAUUCUCACUUUAUUGACAACAGCGUGCAUCUGUUCAGCCAGGGAUAUUGUUUUAGAUAACACAUAUAAAGUGGUUGAAGUAGCCGCAAACGAGAGGAUACGUUUAGUCUGCGGACUGAGAACGAAUGGUCAACCUCUUCUGUGGUACAAAGACGGACAGUACAUCAACAGCCUCCUGAAACCCAAAUUAGUCCAACAGAAGCAAUGGUUACGCAUAAGAGGAUUCCAGGCAAAAGAUGCCGGUGUUUACUCUUGCCAAAAUGCUGAAGACAGAGGCAGAAGCAUGAAUGUAACCGUCAAACAUAAACGUGAUAAGAACCAUGAAUUUACAGAAGAAUAUCAGUCCGAUAUUGACGUUGAUAGACCGAUGCCAGAGAUUCUCUCCCAGCAUCAAGCUCUAGUCUUAGAUAAUAAUAACACUAUCGACGAAACGAAUACUACGGCAAUAAUAGAAAAUAGAAAUUACAAAUACGACAGUACAAAAGAUGAAGACCCUGACGAUAGAAACGAGAAAGAUCAUCCCACUUAUGGACACGUAGACAGCAAUAUCAAAAAGUUUCCUCCGAGAUUUAAGCAUCCUUCGAAGUUGUAUAUCAAUGAAAUGAAGCCUGCUGGAAGCUAUAUAAGAUUUAAAUGUGCUUUUGAAGGAAACCCAACGCCCAAUAUAACAUGGCAAAAAAACGGCGGUCCAGUAGUACGAAGUUAUUUUCAACCCACAUAUGGAAAGUGGUCAAUCGCACUUGAUGAACUGACAAAAUCUGAUAACGGCAAUUAUACUUGCAUCGUUUGCAAUGAACUGGGUUGCAUCAACCACACCGUGCUUUUGAGCGUCGAAGAGAGGUUAUACGCCAAACCGGUCCUAACACAAGGUGCCGAAAAUCAAACGACACUCGUCGGAAAAACGGCCAGAUUCACUUGCGAAUUCCUCUCCGACUUGCAUCCUUAUGUUUACUGGAUGUUCUUCAAUAAAGAUGAGAACAUUUACGGGGACGUCGAGUAUGAAGACGAUGCGAAGGCACCCAUGAUCCAUGCGGACACUAACAAAAUCAUAGCGAGUGAUAAUUCGACAGACAAACCUGAGCAAUUGACAAUAUACAAUGUCACAAAAGAAGAUGAAGGCUGGUACGUUUGUGUGGCCAUAAAUGGUUUGGGAAAUACUACAGCGAAAGGAUAUCUCACUGUAUUAGAAUCUUUACCAGAAAAGGAGCCUUUAGAUCACGGCAAGCACACUCUUCUAAUUAACAUACUGACAGCAGUUCUCGGGGCGAUGUUUUUCGUCGCAGCCAUCAUAGUGGUGAUGAUCUUCAAGAAGUUAAAAAGGGAGAAGAUAAAGAAACAGCUCGCUAUAGAAACCGCACGAGCGGUGAUUGUCACCCAUUGGACGAAGAAAGUGACCGUCGAAAAGCCACAGAUGAACGGAACCGCUUCCGACCAUACCGAUGGACUGCUGAUGCCGGUUGUGAAGAUAGAGAAACAGAAGCUGUCACAAGUGCAGGGCACCGCUCCGGAGUCGAUGGCGAUGACGGAGUACGAGCUGCCGGUGGACGUGGACUGGGAGGUGGCGCGCGAGUCGCUGGCGCUGGGCAAGGUGCUGGGGGAGGGGGAGUUCGGGAAAGUCGUCAAGGCCGAGUGCAUCGGCAUCCUCAAACCGGGCCUCAACUCCAUCGUUGCCGUUAAAAUGUUAAAAGAGGGCCACACGGAUGCGGAGAUGAUGGCGUUAGUGUCUGAAAUGGAGAUGAUGAAAAUGAUCGGUAAACACGUGAACAUCAUCAACUUGUUGGGCUGCUGUACUCAAGAUGGACCUCUCUAUGUUAUCGUCGAGUAUGCACCCAAUGGGAAUUUAAGGGAGUUCCUGAGGAACCAUAGGCCUGGCAACAGAUAUGAAUCAGACAUGGAAUCUCUGAAAGAGAAGAAAACAUUGACACAAAAAGAUCUCGUAUCUUUUUCAUACCAAGUAGCUAGAGGAAUGGAGUAUUUAGCUUCUAGAAGGUGUAUUCACCGUGAUUUGGCCGCACGUAACGUGCUAGUAUCGGACGAGUGCGUCCUCAAGAUAGCCGACUUCGGUCUCGCGAAAGAUGUACAAAGCAAUGACUAUUAUCGUAAGAAAACAGAAGGUCGGCUCCCGGUGCGGUGGAUGGCACCCGAGUCGCUCUACCACAAGGUGUUCACCACACAGACUGACGUGUGGUCGUUCGGAGUGUUGCUGUGGGAGAUCAUGACGCUGGGCGGCACGCCGUACCCGACCGUGCCCGGCCAGUACAUGUACCAACACCUCAGCGCCGGCCAUCGCAUGGAGAAACCGCCGUGCUGCAGUCUCGAAAUCUACAUGCUGAUGCGCGAGUGCUGGUCGUUCUCGGCGGGCGACCGGCCGUCGUUCGGGGAGCUGGUGGAGGACCUGGACAAGCUGCUGACGGUGACGGCCAACCAGGAGUACCUCGACCUCGGCCUGCCGCACCUCGACACGCCGCCCUCCAGCUACGACGGCUCCGCCGACGAGAGCGACGAGCCGGACUUCCCCUUCAUCAAGUAGACCUCGACCUGGACGAAUCGUCAUUGGAGUCAUCGCCCGCGAGUUCCACGCGUGGCUCGAGUCGGCCGGGAGUCGUUUCGUUUCUUACCUGUGAAUCGUGAAUCGGCCCGCGAUGGAGCCUCGGUUGUGGACGGUAGAUCGAAAUCUUUAGUGCCCUCUAGUAAAUUUUAAGACGAUCGCGCACGACGUUAAAGCGGGUUCCAGAAAAAUAUAUCGCAGCGGAUGCGAGGAGUUCGGAGACCGAUGAUGACGAUGAGCGGGGGCUCCCCGCGACGUCAUCGGUGAAAUUGU